UACAUUGACAAAAGCACACAUGACACAGCAGAAGUGCAAAGUGUGACCGAUCACUCCGGACAAGCUCACUAAAGUUCGAGAAAUGGAGUCCCCUCCACCACGACACGUCAACCUCAUCCUCCUCUUCCUCUCCGUCAUCAUCGCUGCCGUCCUCCGCCAUGCAUCCGCCGCCGUAGCAUACCCCAAAGAAGCCCUCCCCACCAAAUCAGGCUACUUAACAGUCAACUCCACCACUGGCUCAUCCAUUUUCUACACCUUUUAUGAAGCACAAAAUUCCGACAAGAACACAUCAAUCUCCGACACUCCAAUCCUUAUUUGGCUUCAAGGAGGGCCGGGCUGUUCUUCCAUGUUAGCCAACUUAUAUGAGCUGGGUCCGUGGCUGGUGAACCAAGAUCUUUCACUUGAGCCCAAUCCAGGUUCUUGGAACAGGAUUUUUGGCCUUCUUUUUCUUGAUAAUCCUAUAGGUACAGGAUUCAGUUUUGCUGCUUCAUCUCAAGAAAUUCCAAGAAACCAACAUGAUGUAGCCAAACACCUCUUUCUAGCAAUCAAGAAGUUUGUUGCGUUGGAUGGGUCAUUCAAGUCUAGGGCAAUUUACAUAACUGGUGAGAGUUAUGCUGGGAAAUAUUUGCCUGCGCUUGGAUAUUACAUUCUGAAGAAGAAUUCUCUUUUGUCUAGUGAUAAAAGGGUGAACUUGGCUGGUGUUGCUAUUGGAAAUGGACUAACUGAUCCUGAGAUUCAAGUGGCUACUCAUGCUGUCAAUGCUUAUAAUUUGGGUCUGAUAAAUGAAAAGCAAAAGACCGUUUUGGACAAGAUUCAGUUGGAGGCUGUCAGAUUUGUAAGAAGUGGUAGCUGGAAAGAGGCAACAGAUGCAAGAAAAAGAGUGCUAAAUACAUUGACAAACAUGACUGGCUUGGCAACUUUGUAUGAUUUUAGGAGGCUGAUUCCUUAUCAAGAUGAUUUAGUGGCUAAAUUCUUGAACAAUGCUGAGGUGAAGAAGGCAUUAGGAGCAAAAGAAUCCUUGGUUUUCCAGGUGUGUAGCGACGUGGUGGGUGAGGCGUUGAACGAUGAUGUGAUGAAGAGUGUGAGGUAUAUGGUGGAAUUCUUGGUUACCAAGACGAAACUGUUGUUGUAUCAAGGACAGUGUGAUUUGAGAGAUGGGGUGGUGUCUACUUUAGCUUGGAUGAAGAAGAUGAAGUGGGAAGGGAUCGGCGAGUUCCUGGAGGCAGAAAGGAAGGUCUGGAGGGUGGAUGGGAAGCUUGCUGGUUAUGUGCAGAAAUGGGAGAGUCUGAGCCAUGUUGUGGUGUUGAAUGCUGGUCAUCUUGUGCCUACUGAUCAGCCUAUGAAUUCACAGCUUAUGAUUGAAGAUUGGGUUAUGCAGAGGGGAUUGUUUGCUGAUGAUAAAAUUGAGAUCCCUACUAAUUUCAGAGGCACCUUUUGAGAUGUCCUGCUGUGUUUUGUUGUAACAUAUAGUCAUUGGAUGAAUCGUUAACCGGUCAUCAGUUCUCAAUUUCGAAUCCACAUUGAUGCUCGAGUUUCUCA